AUGCCGUCGUUUGUCGGCGCGUGCGAGAUGGCAGACAAGCGAACAGAAAGCGAUGCCGCCGUGAGUGAAGGGCGCGCGCAAGAGAGUGGGUGUGGCGAGUGGGAGCCGCAACGCGGCACGCAUCACGCCGUUUCAUCCCUCCUCGGAAAGAAUCGUUCCGACGAUGAUGCCAGCAUAGUCAUGCUACCAGGUGUUACAGGGGGAUUGCAAGUCAACCAUCCACUCAUGCUACCUGCAAGUGGAUUCUACUCGUAUCUGCACUCCCUCGAUGAAAGCAGCCAAUUCCGUCGUGCAUGCAUGCUGAACAUGAGACGGGCCAGACGAACUGGCCUCGGCUCGUCACGAGCCGUGAAUGCCACUGCUGCGUGUCAUGAUGCCACCCGCCUUCCUCAGCUUCAGCCCCCCGGAAACACCUCCUCUGCUCAACAUGCUCACUCUCUCACCAUGCCCGUCCACCUCCUCUGCACUCUGGCCCAUGAGAUUCUCGACGAGGCAAGGUUCACACUGUACAGCGUGUACGAAGCUCUUGGAAUCACUCUGGGGCGGCUGGUGGGAGUGGAUCAGUUUGGCGUGCAACUGGAGGGGCUGAGGGAGCAGCUGGAAGCAGCCAGGGGGGAGUUGGCUGCACACAAGAACCUGAUUACAAGGCAAGCCCAGGAGCUGGCAGCAGCAAGGGGGGAAGUUGCUGAGCAGAGCAGUCGUAUGCUCAAGGUUGACGGUGCCCUGGAGGAAGCAUUGGUUUCACUUGCUCGGGGCGAUUGGGGAAGCACACACACACUGAAUGUAAGUUGA